UCUUUGUUCAAAAACAUGAAAGAUUGGUACAACUGUGACACCACAACACUACUCAUACCACUCUUAACCAUUUCCACAAUCAUUUGGUAUAUGUAUCUCUACUUCUUCAAAUCAAAACCCCAAAACAACUUACCACCAGGCCCGUCGGGCCUUCCUAUUAUCGGUAACCUUCUAUCACUCGAGCCAGAGCUUCACACUUACUUCACCGGCCUAGCCCAAGCCCACGGCCCAAUUUUCAAGCUCAGGCUUGGUAGCAAACUUGGCAUCGUGUUAACUUCACCUUCCAUGGCUCGUGAAGUUCUAAAAGACUACGACACCAUUUUCGCCAACCGUGAUCCCCCUGCCGCCGGAAAAGCAGCUACAUAUGGUGGCUCAGAUAUAUCAUGGAGCCCGUACGGACCACAGUGGCGGAUGCUGAGGAAAGUUUGUGUGGUGAAGAUGCUUAGCAAUAAAAGUCUUGAUUCAGUCUACGAACUCCGCCGUGGUGAGGUUCGGAAAAUGGUAGAGUAUAUUCACAACUGUGCCGGAUCAACGGUGAGUGUUGGGGAGCAAGUGUUUUUGACGGUGUUGAACGUGAUUACUAAUAUGAUGUGGGGUGCGGCGAUGGAGGACGGUGAGAGGGAGAGCUUAGGAGCGGAAUUUAGGAAGACAGCAGCAGAGAUGGUGCAGCUCAUAGGGAAGCCGAACUUGUCAGAUUUUUUUCCUGCGCUGGCUCGGUUUGAUUUGCAGGGUAUUGUGAAAGAUAUGAAUCUUUUGGUGCCUCGUUUUGAUGGAAUAUUUGAAAAGAUGAUUGGUGAACGAAUGGUGAAGGAUGUAGAAGGAAAGGAGAGUGAAAGUAAGGAUUUUUUGCAGUUUUUGUUGAAUUUGAAGGAGGAAGGUGAUUCCAAGACACCAUUCACAAGCACCCACGUGAAGGCUCUUCUCCUGGACAUGGUACUUGGUGGAUCAGACACAUCCUCCAAUACCGUUGAAUUUGCAAUGGCAGAAAUGAUGAACAAACCAGGAGUAAUGAGGAAGGUUCAAGAGGAAUUGGAAGCAGUGGUUGGGAAAGAUAACUUAGUAGAAGAGUCUCAUAUUCACAAGCUACCCUACUUGCAAGCAGUAAUGAAAGAAACCCUUCGUUUGCACCCAUCACUUCCACUUCUAAUGCCUCAUUGCCCAAGUGAAACCACCAACGUAGGAGGCUACACAAUUCCAAAGGGGUCUUGUGUGUUUGUGAACGUUUGGGCUAUUCAUAGAGACCCUUCCAUUUGGGAGAAACCGCUAGAAUUUGAUCCGACAAGGUUCUUGGAUGGUAAAUGGGAUUAUAAAGGGAAUGACUUCAAUUAUUUCCCCUUUGGUUCUGGAAGAAGGAUAUGUGCUGGAAUAGCAAUGGCUGAGAGGAAUGUUUUGUACUUUAUAGCCACCCUUAUGCACUCGUUUGAUUGGACAAUACCUCAAGGAGAAAAGUUGGAUGUAUUAGAGAAAUAUGGUAUCAUUCUCAAAAAGAAGACACCUUUGCUUGCCAUACCUACACCACGACUGUCCAAUCCAGAUCUUUAUAAAUAGAUUUGGAUACUAUAUUCACUAUUCAUAUUACCAUAUAGGGUAAUUGAUAGGGAGGGAAAGUGUCGUGUGUAUUCUAUGAUUGUUGAUGCUUGAAAAUUGUUCAAAACUUCAAUGUUGUUAAGAAUAGCAAUUCAACGAGCUUCUACUUACGGAGAGCACCAUUGAUCAUUGCUAGAGUUUUUAACAAUUUUCAAGUAUUUGUCUAACAUACACCAUAUGAGACACUUCUCUACCCUAGAAACCACCUAUCAUAUGAAUAUUGAUCAAGGGAAUCUAGAUUCAGCGCUCAAUGCUAGUAUAAUCUCUUGCGCUUUAUGUAUCAAGUAUUUGUCUGAGCAUAUUCAUUCUCUUUCAAAUGUUUUCAAUAAAAA